UGUUCCGUGUUUUGGAGGCACUGUGAACUACUGGCGGGAAAUUUUCGUAUAGGAAAAUAAGUCAGAAACGUCACACUUUCAGAAGUCUUUGGCGCCUGAGAAGAGAGUAGAGCGCGUCAAUCAACAAAUGGGUGACUGAGGGUGAACUGGCAUCGAUGGAUCCAUUAGAUUUCCUGCCAGAGGAAGAUCUGCUGCUCUUCUUCCGCCGCAAGAAGACGGAGAUGUCCUGCAUCGACCAACCGCACACCUUCCUCACGCAGCUGCGCGACUACGACCUGCUCCCGGAGAAGCUCUAUCAGAGGGUGACGAAGAUGCGGACUAAGGAACAGAGGAAGAAGGGUGUAUACGAGGUGCUGGAUGCCCUGGAGGGCGAGGGGGCGGAGUGUGUGCGAGUCUUCUGGGAGUGUGUGUUCACCGACCACAUCAUGCAGCUCUACCCCACACUCAGGCUGCUACGCAACAGCCUCAUGGACGGCUCUUAUAAAGCCAGUGAGGGCCCAGCAGAGCAUGCUGGGAAGGCUGUGAAGGCGAGGAAGAAAACGAUGGAGGAGGAGGAGGAGGAGGGGAAGAGGAAGAAGAAGAAGGCAAAGCUGAUCGGUCGGCUGAAAAGGAAAGCCAGCGGAGAGAGGGAUGAAGAGGAGGAGGAGGAGGAGGAGGCAGGACCCUCUCAGAAGACAGCCAGGGUACUGAAGAGGAGGCUGUCCAAACCCACCUACUGUUCUCCCCUGAGGAAGGGAGGUAGAGAGGAGGUGUGGAAGUGGCCGGUGUAUAAGACUCAGAUACCGGUCAUCUGCGGACACGCACGCGGCGCCUUUCUACACCGCCAGAGACUGGCCUCAGGCCAGCCCUGUAUCCGGUAUGAGGGGAGCUGGUACUCUCCGGCGGAGUUUGAGCGUCUGGGGAGAAGAGAGAAGGUCAAGAACUGGAAGACCAGCAUACGCUGCAGAAACACACCCCUCCUACACCUCAUCCAGGAUAAUCAGCUGUUAUGUCCAGCAGCCAAGAGGAAGCCAGUGCCCGACCGACCGAUCAGAAGAGCGUUGUUUGCCUCUACCCCUGAGAACACCACUCUAUGUGGCGAGGAUGAGGAGAGCAGCAGUGGCCGAGAAGAAGAAGACGAGGACGAAGAAGGAGAAGAGAGAGAGAUAGAGGGAGAGGUGGAGAGGGAGGAAGGGCUGGAUGGAGGGAUGGGUGGAGGGAUGGAAGGAGAGCGGGAAGAGGAGGAGAGGGAGGGAGGUGUGGUGGAUGGGCUGUCCUCCUCCUCGUUUGAAGACCCUACUCUACCUGUCCAGUGCGGAGAUGCCCACGGAGCUUUGCACAAAGACCGCUUUGCUAGAGGCAGCAUUGGGAAGUGUAUCCGUACAGCUGAGUGCUGGCUGACGCCAGUGGAGUUCGUACAGUUGAACUCUGACCUCUCGGACGGGCUGUGGAGGAGGGACAUCACCUGCAGAGGACAUCCAAUCAGCUAUCUCAUACAGAGGAAUAUUCUCCAGGUCCACUCUAUCCUGUGUGUUUGCCGCAUGUGCAGCCACACUGAGGAAGAAUUGGAGGAGCAGCGUAAUGAUGACCAGUGCUGUGUGUGUGGUGAGAGGGGAGAGCUGCUCUGCUGUGACGGAUGCCCACGAGCCUUCCACACACACUGCCACCUGCCCAAACAGCCAACACCUGUGUGUGUGUGUUGGGGGCGGAGUCAGGGGUGGAGCUACCCUGAUCACAUGACCCUGCGAGAAGUGCAAGACAGCAGCAUCAGCCAAAACCUGCUGAAAUGCCAGUACCUGCUGCUGUUCCUGUUCAGUUCUGACGUACACAAGAUCUUCACCACGGACCCUCGCUUGACUGUGUCUGGCUACUCCUCGUGGGUGGUGCGCCCCAUGUGGCUGCAGGAGGUACUGCAUAACCUGGAGACGCGCUACAGGCUGGUGGGGGAGUUCCUAGCCGACAUACGCCUCAUCUUCAGCAACUGUGCUCUCUUCAACAGGAAUAAUCCAGAGAUUAAAGAGAUCGGACAGGAGCUCCAGAACUCAUUUGAAGCAGAGUUCCGAAGAACCUUCAACAUCCAAUAGGAUGUCUCGACGGAGUUCUGAAGCACUUUGUAUGUCUCGACAAGAGUUCCGAAGCACCCUCAACAUCCAAUAGGAUGUCUCGACAAGAGUUCCGAAGCACCUUCAACAUCCAAUAGGAUGUCUCGACAAGAGUUCCGAAGCACCUUCAACAUCCAACAGGAUGUCUUGACUCAGUGUGUGUGUGUGUGUGUGUGUGUGUGUGUGUGUGUGUGUGUGUGUGUGUGUGUGUGUGUGGUUGUGGACCGCAGAGUCUGGUUCACACACUGAACAAAUGUCAAGCGCACCUUUAACCUUUAUUUCCUGCUUAAAUUACAUAUCCCCUUAAUACAGUUAAAAUCAUUGGCCAGGGUUUAUAAAGGUGGUAAAGUGUCUUAUUUUUCAUGUAAGCCGUUGUCUUGCUUUAAGACAAGUUAAAAGAGGGAGUAUGUCGCUAAGCUAGUGAAAGUCAAUGGAUCACUGUAACAUGUAGCAUGCUACACGGUACUGACGGCCACUUUAAGCAAACCACUGCUCCAGAGAUUCAGUGGCGUUGGCUUAAACCAGUGGUUCUUAACCUUUUUUCCUAACGCACCCCCUUACCUGUGCCGAAGAGAAGUCGCGCACCCCCAACCCAAACUUCUACAUGUGUAUACAUACUAAAAAUGAUUUUAAGUGAUUAAUUGCAAUAAUUCUUGCUUGGGACAUUAAUCAAUACCUUAAUGACUUUAAAUGGGGACCAAACAUGUUGUAAUUUUGUCUUAAAUUG